AACCUUCGACGUGUUCGGCCGCCGCUGAAGCUGUCAAAACGUUUUUUUUUAUUCGUUUCGGAAGUAGUGGAAUCGGUUAGUGGUUCAUAUUAUGUACGCUACCGACGUUUUGGGGCUAUACUUUCGGUUUCCGGUGAUCAGUGACGAUAAUUGUUUAUUACCCCUCGCUCCCUCGCUCCACCUGCUGCUGCAGCCUUCAGCCAAAAGUCUGCUGUGACCGUGAAUGUUUCACACAUAUCACACCCGCCGAUCCGCCCCCCCGCUCAAAAACGCGUAACGCAUAAAUAAUCAAGUAAUUUCCAUGCAGCUCAGCUUUGAGCUGUGUCUGUAGGUCCAACCUGUCGGAAUUGAACAGGCAGUGUUCUCCUUUAAUAAAAUAUUGCUCAUCGUAAGCAGAAACAGAAACAGAAACGAAACCCGAAACUCACACCGCAAAACCCAUUAUCAGCUCCAAUGGCGCAUCCAACAAUCAAAGAUAAACAUCCGCGUACCGUAUAACUCGUAUCAAUGCGAUCCAUUUCCAGCGAUAAGUAAGCCGCAGCAGUAGGCGGAGUGGGAGGAGCAGCAGGAGGAGGUGUGGCACUGAUCUGUCGAUCGAUCGAACCGAUCUCUCCUCACUCUAUCUAACUAUCUUGUGACACACGCACACAAUCACAAUCACAAUGCCCGGCAGCUCGUAUCCCACGAAUAACGAUAAUUUCAGCCACGGUUUCCCCAUGGCCACCACACAAAGCGAACGCCUGCUGCAGGCCCAGAAUCGUCGCAAGUUCAGCUUUCCGGCCACCCUCCAUUCCGCCUCGCUGCUGGAGGUGGGGCAACGCGAGACGACGCGGAGGCGUCUCAGCAAUGUCAGCGACGUUGUCACCAGGAAACUGUCCUACACCAUUGGCUGGAAGGCGGCACAGAUACCCGCACAGGACAUCAUCACGCAGGGUCGUUGUCUGUGCGGGCACUACAUCAAGCGACGCCUGAGACGAUCGGGGCUGUUCAACAAGAAGUUGGGCUUGCAGCGGAUACGCAGCAUCCUGGGCUCCACCUCCAUGGGCAUUGUUCGCGAUGUCUUUCCAGCGGUUCAGGUGCUUGGCGACGAACUGGAGCGAAUGCAUCCACGUGCCUAUAGCGGCGUCGCCCGUCAGAUUUGUCGCAAUCCUGGCGGGGAGUUCCACACAGCCGAUGCUGUCAGCCUGCUGCUGGGGGCGGUGGGUCGCGAACUGUUCCGGUCGGACAUCACCUGGAGCAAGGUGAUCUCGCUGUUCGCCAUUGCCGGCGGCCUGUCGGUGGACUGUGUGCGUCAGGGGCAUCCCGAGUACCUGCCAAAGCUCAUGGAGAGCGUCUCGGAGGUGAUUGAGGAUGAGCUGGUGCCCUGGAUAAAUGAGAAUGGCGGCUGGAACGGCAUCAAUACGCAUGUUCUGCCCACAACAAACAGUCUGAAUCCCCUCGAGUGGACGACGCUGGUGAUAGGCGUGGUCUUUGGCCUAAUUCUGCUAUUUAUGUUCUUACGUUUUAUAAUAAGCACAAUAAUACCGAAAAUAUAUCAACGAUUUACGAACUGAAUCUGACAGGCAGCAA